CUUGAUGGAACACCUGUCGACCCAGCAUCCUUUGCGUAUCCAAUAUGGAAGAACUGGCGGUGGAGGUCCGUGGCUCUCGCGGCGCUUAUUACAAGGGCUUUGUCAGAGACAUCCACGAUGAUUCUCUCACCAUUGCCUUUGAGAACAAUUGGCAGCCAGAACGCCAGGUGCCCUUUGAGGAUGUCAGACUGCCACCACCUGCUGACACCAAGAAGGAAAUUAGAGAGGGUGAAGAGGUGGAGAUUUUAUCCAGAGCCAAUGAGCUGGAGCCUUGCGGCUGGUGGUUAGGGAAAGUUCGUAUGAUGAAGGGUGAUUUCUAUGUGAUCGAGUAUGCAGCCUGUGAUGCCACCUACAAUGAGAUUGUAACCUUUGAGCGUCUGCGGCCUGUCAACACCAACAAGCCCCUCUCCAAAAACCCCUUUUACAAGUGCACUGUUCCUGUUCCUCAGGAUCUACAAGAAGCGUGCCAGGCUGAGAAUGCACACAAGGACUUUAAGAAAGCUGUGGGAGCUUGUCGCAUUUCAUACUGUCCUGAAACCAGUCAUCUAGUGAUUGUGUCGACCAACGAGGCAACAGUGAAGCGGGUGUCUUUGCUGAGUGACAUGCACCUGCGCAGCCUUAGAACCAAGCUGCUUCUGAUGUCACGUAACCAGGAGGCCACAAAACACCUGGAGACUUCGAGGCAGCUGGUGUCCUCCUUCCAGGAGGAGUUCACGGUGAGACUCGACCUGAUGGGCCUCGCCAUCGGCAGCCACGGCAGCAACAUCCAACAAGCACGGAAAACUGCGGGUGUCACUGCCAUCGAGCUGGAUGAGGAGACGGGCACUUUCCGCAUUUACGGGGAGACAGCAGAGGCUGUAAAGAAAGCAAGAGGCUUCUUGGAGUUUUUGGAGGAUUCUGUGCAAGUACCGAGGAACCUUGUGGGUAAAGUGAUUGGUAAGAAUGGGAAGGUCAUCCAGGAGAUUGUGGACAAGUCUGGAGUGGUACGGGUCAAGAUAGAAGGCGACAACGACAACAAGCAGCCACGACAGGAAGUUUUACAGGGAAUGGUCCCAUUUACCUUUGUUGGUACUAAGGAGAGCAUUAGCAACGUUCAGGUCCUGUUGGAAUACCACAUUUCCUAUUUGAAUGAGGUGGAGCAGCUUCGUCUGGAGAGGAUGCAGAUCGACGAACAGCUGCGACAGAUCACCCAGGGUCACCGACCAGUCGAUCGGGAGAGGGGGGAAAGAGGGGGCGGAAUUAAUGCAGACAGCAGUGCCAACGCGUCCUCGUCUUCUUCGCAUGGCAGCCGCUCUUACAAUGGCAGAGGCCGCGGACGAAGAGGCUACAGCACUGGAUAUGGCACCAAUUCGGAGCAGUCCAACGCCUCAGAGACUGAGUCAGAGCGUAAGGAUGAGCUCAGUGAUUGGUCCCUGGCUGGAGAGGACCAGGAGAGAGAAAGGGAGAGAGGUCCUCGGCCACUAAGAGACGGUCGCAGGAGACCAGGACCUGGCAGAGGUCGAGGAGGAACAGGAGGAAGGGGCCGUGGAGGAAGAGGAGGAUACAGCAACAAUUCUGGGUCCUGGGAUCGGGACAACACCUACUCCCACGGAGCUUUAGAGACGAACACAGAGACAGACCACACAGCUGACACCGAUGCCAGCGAGUCCUUGUUGCCUGCAAACCGCCGCAGACGGUCUCGGCGGCGCAGAACAGACGAGGAUGCCACUAUGAUGGACGGCAUGAGUGAAUCUGACAAUGCUUCAGUUGGGGAAAACGGAAUAGAUGACUCAGAAGCUAAACCGCAGCGGCGCAAUCGUAGCCGGCGUCGCCGUAACCGCCUGCCUGAGGACCGGCACCCAGUGACGGUUGCUGACUUCAUAUCUCGAUCUGAGUCUCAGAGCAGACAGACCACCAAGGACACCAAGAAAAGCAAAGCUUUGAACCGGGUGGAUGUCAUCACUGAGCACAGCUCUUCGGCUCCACCCGAAGACGCACACAGUAUUUCUGACGACACCGGCACCAACGCUGCAAAUUCUUCCACCGAGAACCCCCCCGAAGCCUCUGAAAAGGAGGGCUCGAACCCACAACCUGCUGUCAACGGAGUCUCUUAGUCAGAUGGAAACGGUUUCAAAUAUUUGAACGUCUCUGGCUGCCCCCUGUUUAAAUCUGUGUUCCUGAAGCAGCCUCAGAACCUAUUCUCGACAUUUAAACUCAACAAGCACUGUUCUGUUUGUACUUUUCAAAUCUCUGCUGUGCAACUCUGUGUUCUGAAACAUAACCUCUCCUGUACACAUUUCUCUGUACAACUAUUCAUUUUAAAUACAGUUUUUUACACUAUAGUUCUUCCUGUAUGAGCUUGCCAAAGAUAGUCAAAAACACACAAACUGUACAUUUCAGUCCACUCUUCCUCAAGAGGAUGAACUGAAUGUUUUUUUGUUUUUUAAUGCUGAGGGAUUCUACUUGUACCGACACUGUGGUAUGCAUGCAAAAAAACAUAUUUUCUUUCCCUUUUUUGGUUAAAAAUAAAAAAAAAAAGCUGUGGAAAUAUGCCCCCCCCCCCCCCCCUCAGAAAAAUGUUUCCUCGUGUCCUUUUGACAAACUGGAAGUGGCAUUUUCCGUUGCAUAUUUUGCAUGAGCUAUUUUACAGUGCAGAGCAGUUCUAGAGGAAAGCAUAAUUAACCCACAUGUGAUCAGUUGUUGUGCCUUAAGAGUAGACUGGACGUGUUGCUGCCUGGCUCUGCACGCCAUCCCCAAUGAUUUCACUCACAUGUGUGGACGCCGUUUGCCCUCACUUGAACUCCGUCAGGCCUGGGGGCUUUGUGUUUAAUGUCUCUUAUGGUGCUGGAGGUGGAUGAAGGGUAAACAGUCAGAACACCCCUAAAAGUUUUUCAGGGCCAUUUUUCCAAAAUCAGGUUUGUCUGCUCUUAAUGUUAUUUGGGGUUUGGGCUGGGGGGUUGAUAUUAGCUGCUUCCUGUUUUUUUCUUUUUUUUAAUGCAACCACUUAAAUCAUAGAAAUGUUAUUACCUGUCUAGAAAGGAAAACAAAAGUUUUGUUUUGCACUGAAGUGUAACCUUUUUCUGUUAAAGCUGAUUGUAGUUGAGUCUGUACUGUUUAGUGCUGGACAGAAUUGUAUUGGUUUGCUGGAAACAUCUCAGAACUGAAAAUUAUCUAGUUUAGUAACAGUUUUUUUUUUUUUAAUUUUUUCUCAGAAAUUACCACAAAGCUCAGUUUUUUAAUUUUUUUUUUAAUGUCAUCACCCAUAAAUUCAUAGGAACAAGACUUCCCGGUUACUGAGAUGUUUCUGGAAAGCCAUGCCUCUGUGACAAUGAUGUCAUUUUCAUGGUUCUUCCAACACUGGCUGGCUGGAAACUGGUCACGACUGUUUCUCUAAAGAAAAGGAUUUGUUUGGAUUAUUUAUUUUUAAAAAUUUGUACAGUAUUUAAAAAAAA